AUACUUUUCCUCCUACACCUACUUCAAUUGUUCCCAGAAGUCUGGUAACAGAGUCAGAAAACUUUCUAACUAAACACCGAUAAGACUUCAUACAACUCACAAUACUCUCUAUAUUGUGAUCAUCACAACAGCCAAGGCUACCUAACGGAAGACAGUGAUUGAGCUCACAACUGGCUGCCAGCUUUUCCCUUCCUCUUCACCAUUUAAAACUUCAGACUUCCUGCUUUCCUUGCAUCAUGGAGAAAGUCCAAUACCUCACUCGCUCUGCUAUAAGAAGAGCUUCAACCAUUGAAAUGCCUCAACAAGCACGUCAAAAUCUCCAGAACCUAUUUAUAAAUUUCUGUCUCAUUUUAAUAUGUCUCUUGUUGAUCUGCAUCAUUGUGAUGCUUCUCUGAAGUUCUGCUGCAAUCCCCAGUGAUGCAACUUGUCACCAUCAGCAUAAAAUCUGUCAUCCCAUGAAGAAGGGGAAAUACUACAUACCAGACCACUUCCUAAGUAGAAGAAUUUCUUUGUGAAAAGGUCAAGAUUCAGAACAAAACAAUUGUUAGCAAAUGUAUUCAUCUGUGGGAUCUUGUAAACAUGAAAGGAGCUUUAUUUUCAAAAAUUAACUUCAAAAUGACUAUAAGUGUGUAUAAUGUAACUAUCAAAUUCCUCUACCGAGCUUGUAAGUUUCUAUCCCAAAUUUCUUCUGAGGAUGAACUAGAAGUUUAGUUUUGAAACUGCACUGUUAACCCGUUCACUUCACCUAUAAAGCAUUAGCUUCACUUUUUGGGGUAAAUGUAUAUUGUACUGCAAAAGCCUCUCCGAUGUUUAAGUAUUUUUCAGGUUUUCACCAAGUUUGUACCAAAAUAAUCACUCAAAUGAAGUGUCAUCAUUUGAAAUAGCCUAUGGAUUCCUCACAUCAUUUACUUUUGUUAUUAUCAUUCAGAAGUCUUUGUAGUAACUCUCAAAACCUACAUUUUAAAACAGAAAUUGUAUUCUUUCUCUACACUACACUAAGAUUUUUAAGCUUUAUGAAAAAGAAAUAUGAAAAAGCAAGGCCAUACGCUUACAUAAAUAAAAUUUCUCUUAAUUUUUUCAAAGAAUUACAGAAUUCUAGUAUACAUAGGCUAACAAUAAAUCUGUCCUCUCUAGUACAUUAUGAUCGUCAGAUGAGAACUACUGGUUAAUUUAACAGCUGAUAGUAUAAUUAGCCAUAAUUAUUAAUACACUACUAGAAUCUAACCUUAAUUUAAGGCACUACAGUUGAUCAUCUGAGUACAUAACUUACUACACUAUGUCUUUUGAAUCAUGAAAGCUUAACACUUUAGAAUGAUUUUAUAGAUUGUCUUCUAUUCUAACCUCAUACUCAAUGUAGGCAAGGAAAAUAAUUUUUAAUAAAAGAAAAAUAUAUUAUUUAAAGCAUUUAAAAAAUAAAAAUUUGGGUUCCCCCAAAUUAAUUAUUUGAUCACAUUUUGACACAAACUUCUUGUCCUGUUUAUUAAGAGGAUAUAGCUAUUUUCCUUAAUCUAUCAACCAGAUGGUCAAUACCUACCUACUUGGUAGGCCAUUCUACCAUGCUAAAUUAUAAAUCCAGCAAUGCUAAUCUACAAUUAUGUUCUUGCUGAAUACAUUUUCAAUUUCCCCUGUGAUCAUUUAAAAAUACCUUCCAACUCAUAAUGGAAGUUAAAAAAAAAAGUGGUGUUGGAAAAUAUAUUCACCAAAAUGUCAUGAUUUAAGUAAUUUGACUCAGUUUAAAAUUAGGCCCGAAGUAAUUUAUACCUAUACUGCAUAAUACAAUAAUUUUAGCUUCGAUUCAAGACAUAUUACUAAUAUAGCAAUUACUAAAAGAGUAGAAAACACACAAUUUACUGACUUGCCAAAAUGAGGUUACUAAAAGAAUUUGAAAAGUCAGUAUACCAACUCUGGUUUGUAGUACAAGUGCUACUAACAGUGUGGUCUAGGAGACACUGCUUUUUUCUGGGCAUCUGAGAGGUACUGGAGAUGGGGAGGGAGACAGUUUUGGUUCACUGAUAUCUGAGAAAAGAGGAAAAAGGGAUCUCAUACUGACAGGGAGAUUUCUUCAGCAAAGCCUCAUCUAUGGGCUGGAAAUCCCUAACAUCAAUUAAAAAGCUUAUAAAUAACAAGCAAUACAUUUACCUCACUGGUGUCAGUAAUUACUUAUGAAAAAAGUAACCAAGUUCUAUUAUUAGCUGCACUGAUCUUAAAAAUAAGUGGAAAAUUCGAAAUGCCAAAUUUUAUGCCUUCCAUUAUAUUGUUCUCUCUAACAUCAACAUCAAACUAUAUAUAAAAUGUGAAGUCAUGGGGUUUUUCCUAAGUAAAACAGAAGUAAGUUUUUUGUUUUCAUUCUGCCCUUAACAGAAAUUAAAACCUUUUUCUUGAAAAUUACAGAAUACUGUAACUCAGACUAUAAAGAACAAAAAGCUAUUCUUUAAAUGGAACUUAUUUAUUCUGUUUAUCAUGAUAUGUAAAGAGUAAGAAAUAAUAAAACAAUGUAUUUAAAAUUUUUUAAAUAUCAAAUGUUCUUUCUCCUGUAGAAUAAAUUCUACUCUUAAUUUACAGGGUACUAAAAAUGAACCAAUUUUUCAAUGUUUAAUGUUCCUUUUAUACUUUAGUUGGUUCAAAAUGUUUGUUUAAUGUAAACCACCUACAAUAAAAAGAACUGUUUUGAACUCGGUGAAAUCUCUCUUUAAUAAACUCAUAAUUGAUAUGACCAUAAAACAAUCUAAUUAUAAGUAGUUUUGAUCUUGUAGGUUUUCAGUGGCUUUUCUCAAAUAAAAUAAGAUCAAGAUUUCCUGAUACAGACACAAGAGGGCAGACCUACAUAAAGUAAUGAAUUUCCUAUUGUCUAGAUUUUUACUUCUCCUUUUGAUUAUUUUUUAGACUUCAGGCAAAGUGGGAAAAUAAUAAAUUUUCAGAAAAUAUUUGCUCUGCCGGUAAGUAAAAGCACAACUUUAAAAUGCAUAAAAUUAUAUGCCAAUACCAUGUAGAAAAAUUGAAAGGUUAAACUCAAACACAUUACUAAUUUACUACAGCAUGUAUACAAAACCAAUUAUAUGCUUUUUAGCUACCUAUUAAAUGUAUCACAAUCUCACAUCCUAACUAUUUAGACUGUCAUAGGGUCCACAUCUUUCAAUGCACAGUUACCUUUUUUUAACAAUAAAAACAAACAAAAAAUUAAAGAUAAACAAUACAAAAAUAAGAAAAAAAGAAAACUUUUUUUUCAUAGUAUGUAAUAGAGUACAAAAAACACUCUCAUGUUAAAAAUAAAACUUUUUCAGGGGCGCCUGGGUGGCUCAGUGAGUUAAGCCUCCAACUUCGGCUCAGGUCAUUAUCUCACCUAUCCCGAGUUUGAGCCCCACAUCAGGCUCGCCGCUAUCAGCACAGAGCCCACUUGCGAUCCUGUGUCUCUCUCUCUCUCUCUCUCUCUCU